AUGGAAGCGGUGCUAUACUUCAACAAGAGUGUGCAAGAUGCAGCUUGGUCAUCGACCCCACCACUACCAUCUAGAAACCUGGAUACCCACUUACCGAAACACAUAUUCGAUAAAAUAAUCAAAAAAAGGAGGAUACGGAAACGCUGGCAAACAACCAGAGAUCCUGUGGCGAAAAAACCACUCAAUCACGCCAACAGACAGCUAAAACACAUCCUAGAGAAAGAUCGUAAUGACGCAUUUCAUAAUUACCUCACCGGCCUGGAUACUACUGCUUCCUCGGACUACUCUUUAUGGAAAGUCACAAGAAGACUAAAACGGCCUAUCAACGUCUCUCUUCCUAAAUAA